AUGUUCUCAGGCAGCGUAGUCGUCCCAACCCUCAGCAUCACGGUAGCAUCACCAUGGCUCAAGGUAGCCCUUGCCGCUACUAGUCUGCUACUAGCUACCGUAAUGGCCAUGGACGUUUGUCCCAUACGAUGCGUUAAUGCCAGUCCGAAUCCAGGCAUCUGGUCCGUCUAUCCCAACUUCAAUAUCACCAAGAGGUGUCAGCAGACCAUGUUCUAUGGCUUCUACUUGUACGACACCGUCGAUGACACCGAUUCCAUGCACCGCAUAGCUGCUUGCUCAUCCUACGGCACAGAUUUCAACAACAUAAAAUCCGAGCCGGCGGUCACCAAGCUCCUUGACACCCCCGAGCCCUGUUGA